GCCACAGUUGUACCUCACCUGUACGUUCGUCGACGUCUCCACCUCCCUCCCCUCGAAUCAAGAAAGCGUGUUUUCUAUCGCUGCCACACAGGCGUUUCUUCAGCCUUCUCGCCAUGGAUGGCAUGUCGACAUGCUGCAGUCGCAGCGAGUUUAAUCAAUGUGCCACUAAGCUGCAGGACGAGACAGCAUGGGAGCUUCGCACGAAGCAGGACGCAUUCGGCGCGACUUUCCUGUGGCUGGAGGCAACCUACGGCAUUCCUGCUGCAACUUCGUUGGCCGACAACCUUAUAUUAGUUACCGUCUACGCCGUUUACAAUCCCGACUUCCGCGUUCCGCAAUUGGGCUUCUUUACCUCAUCACUGUUGUCUGUCGACGAGCUUCGUGCCGCACUCCCAACUCUCAGCUUUCUAAACGCCGUGCUCGAGAUGUCGAGCGGCGUUGAUGCGGCGUCCACCUGCCCGUUGGUAAGUUGUUCGUGGAAUGACGAAGUCCAGCGACACAUGUGGCUGGUACACCCCUGCGACACGGAGAAUCUGAUACGACGCAGCCGUUACGGCGGGGCCCGAGGCGAUCCUUUGGUAGUUUUCCUACGUGCAAUGACUAGCUAUUUUCCUCUUGCCCCCUCACUCGUCCCCUCUGCUUAA